GGUUGUUUCUGGGCUCUUAAGAGAAGGGUGUGAAGGAACAAGCUGAGAAGAGACUCCACUCACCUGGGUAAUCCCAGCCUGGUUUUGAGUCACAAAGAGCCUCUGACCCUCAGGCCUAAGUGCUUUGUGUGACCAUGCACUACUAUGGGGAGCGGUACAAACAUCUGUACCUGCCAGGAUCGGGCUAUUUCACUGAAAGCAUCCAGCAGUGCACACCCCAGAAAGAUGUAUGCAGCACCACGUGCCACCCAGUCAGCGUGAUCAAGAGCCCGAUGCCAAGAUGGCAAAGCUACACUCAGCCUUUCACUUACGUGUGCCCACAGCCAAGUGUGACCCAGACACCUCUGUUGUCUUGUCCACCCUAUGUACAGCAGUGUGUCCUGCUGUACCCCGAGCCUUGUGAGACCACUCGCCUUCUGCCCUGCAGGAAGCCCAGCGUGCGGCUGAGCACAACACCGUGUUUCCAGCCCUGUGAGACCAUCCACCCUGAGAAAAAGCGCGUGGCCAAGAGCCUUCCACCAUGUGCACCCAGGUGCCCGGAGCCGCGCAAACUCAGGUUCCCACCAUGUGGGAUCAAGUACGCAUCCUCGUGUAAGAAUGAAUGCCGGUCGCAGAAGAUAUCCAAGUGCUCAUCGCAGCGAUACGGCACGGAGCUCCGGUCCCUGCAGGGAAUGACCAGUGGGUAUUCCCCACCGCUGCGUGGAGUCACCGAGUGCCCCCCGCAGCAGUGUGUAACAGAGUCUUUCAUGCAAGAGUGCGUGAAAGGGUUCCCCCAACAGAAGUGCAUGAAGGGUUACCCAACACAGGAGUGCGUCACCACCUACUCCUCCCAGCAGCAAGUAACCAAGUCCGUGCCGCAGCCAAACGUGCCCAAAUGCUCCCCUGGAGAGGGAAUAAAGGAGUACUCCUCACAGCAACAAACAGGCAAAUGCUUGCUGCUGCAGGAGGGAACCAAGCACAAGAGCUCAUCCGCACAUCACCUAAGCAAGUCCAAGUGCCUCUACCCACGGACCACCCACCACUCAACGCACCGUCACUCAGGGGGUGUGAAACGUUCAGGCCACUCCAAGAAGAGUCGUUGUGGUCCAAAAUGUCUGUGGUAAAGGAGAUAAAGAAAUAGGUUUGAAAAACAGAGAGCUAUAUAGCUGAGGUCUAAAGUAUUUUAUUUUACUUCCCCUGCUCCUAUUCUUAAGCCCCAGAGAAGCUUUAGCCUUAUUGUACCCCCCAUUGUAACUAUGUUAAAAUCAUAGAGCACACUGCCUUCUGAUUUGGCCACACUUCGG